AUGCCCGCGGCGGACGAGGCACAAGAGCGCCCGCCCGCCGCUGCGACACAUGCACAGAAACCGGCCCAGGCACCAACGGCGACAUGGAAGCCCAACAAAGACGAGCUGGCCGAUCUGGACGCCAUCGAUGCCGCUCUCGUCCGUAUGCGAGACCACAUCCCGCCCGAUCCCUAUAUCAUGACCAUACCGCAAGACGACGACGUCAAGUAUCGGCACCAUUACCAGGCGCAAGCGCUGCAGUGGACGUACACUGCACCCUUUGACUUUCGCACCGAGCACGAGAGCAUUCAGUACUUAACCUUUCACUACUAUGAGCCCGGCAAGGAGAUGUUCCUGCUGCACAACAGUCGGCCAACGUGGGAACCGCACGCGACGAAUGGAGGCACAUCUGGGAGCACUCGCCCAGGGACUGGCGCAAACACGCCGAAUGGUGCUCCUAAAAAGAAAAUAAGUCUGGAUGCGUAUAAGAAGAAACUGAAUGGAGGGCCUGUUGCUCCAGAGAACGAUGCAGCCAAAAACGGUGGUGAUGCGCCAGCGAAGCAGCCCGCCGUGAAAGGACCAGUUGAGAGAGUCAAGGCCGAGACGCAGGAGAUGCUGGCGGCAGUUGCCGAAGAAAGCGAGGACGAACAGAAGAUGAAAAGGGAGAAAUCGCCAGAGCAGGGUGAUCUGAAGCGCAAGCGGGAUGAUGCUGGAGGCAGGAUUGCUCGAGAGAAGCAGGAAGACGUUCGUGAGACCGAGCCCGCUGCGAAGAAGGUGAAGGUGGAGAGCAUCAAGGUGGAGAAGAGGGAGGCCAGUGCCAGAGACGUGCGUAAGCCAGAGCGGGAUGCUGUGAGUAACGGGAAGGUCGCAAAUGUCGGCAAAGCAGGAGAAGAUGAGAGUCUACCACCACGGCUGUCUCCCGGCCUGCCACCACGUCUGUCGCCAGGACCGAUUCCACAUGGCGAAAAUUCGCCUAAACCUGCGGCUUCCCGGGGCGACAAUGAAGAUAGACUACCCCCUCGACUGUCACCUGCGAAAUCUCGAACGGAGAAGCCGUCUCAGCAAAACGAAUCUGACGAAGACGAAGAGGAUCGCUUGCCGCCCAGGCUGUCACCAACUCUUCCUGACAACAUUGCCAAGACCAUCGAGGCUCGUGCGCAUUUUAGAUCAGCGUCGCAAUCAUCAGAUCUAUCCGCGCCGAACUCUACCUCGAAGGAGAAAAGCAGCAAGCUCACGCCAAUCAGAAAAUCUGAAAGCGGUGUCACGAAGCAUAAGUCACCUGCACCGCGCAAUGGCUUCCGCGCCAAUUCCAGCAGUCCUGCAGUGCGAUCUGACGCAGAGCAACGAGUGCGGCCGCAAGCGAUCUCUGCGGCGAGAGGCAAAAGCCCUGAGCUCUCACAAGACGAUGAGAUCAUGGUAGGCAAGACGCUCAAGGCUCUGAGGGUGGAGCGGCGCGAGAAGCCAGGUCUUCUGAUCAAGCUCAGGUAUAAGCGUGCGCGGAGAGAAGACAUCGCGCGAAUCUUGAAAAUGCGGCCGAAGCCUGAUAAGAGCAUGUUUCAGCCCCCAGCUCCAGAAGAAUCGAAGCGGAAUGGAGAGCGCAAAGAUGAACCUCCAGCGAAGACCAAGGGUGUCGCCCAGAAGGUUGGCCCGGUUGAGAAGAAAAAGAAGCCGGCUGUAGAAGAAAAGCAGCCUGCGAAGCAAGUUGAUAAACCUUCUGAAAAGGCGGAGAAGCGAACAGCAGCCGAGAAACGACCUUUACACGACGACGACAAGCCGGAAUCUUCAGCAAAGCGGAAGAAUUCUGACGAGAGUGAGAAGCGCAAAGAACCAUCGACCCCUGCGCCACGGGACAUGGAUUCACCUCUUGCUCAAAAGCACGUCACACCGAGCACGAGAAAGGACUUUUUGUCUGCGGCGAUGAAGAGGGAGCAAUCACAAGACAGCAACGCCACCCAUACGCCUCCCGCCUUGACCAGCACGCCAAGCAUAGGAAGCAAUUCUCAGGCGAAUGGAGCGGCGAGGCCGCUCUCGAGUCACCCAAGCAAUAAAACGCCCAAACAACAGGCGUGGGAGACUGAGCAAAAGAAGCUUGAAGUUUUGGGACGAGAACUCAAGCAUGCUGCAUCCGCGCAUAUCAGUGCUUCUCAAUCUGAUCUCGACCAGAAAAUGGCCGCUGUGAAAGCUGUAGAGUCUUUCAUCUGCUAUCUGCUCGCUUUCACAUGCGCGGAUGAAGCAGCCACUGCAGCCGAUCCACGACAAUCGCCAUCUUACCGGAACUGGAAGAGCUUGACAGGUUUCUACGGAUUCGUGAAACGGCAAACAGAACCUUUCUCUCCAUUGAACGGACUAGUCAAUUCAUUGGGUGUAGUCUUCGGCUCUAGAAUCUUGGAGAUCGGUACUCAAUUGCAAGAAGGACCUUCGCAAACGACCUUACUCGAAACGCAAGUCCUGCUGCAAAGAUCCGCCGCUGCGGCUGAAGAGAAGCUGGACAUCGACAUGUUGCAAGAAGUCUUUCCCAAGUCCUGGAAAGAUCGGACGAAAAAAUUGGCUGCGCAUGAGAAACUCGAUCCUCCAAAGCUCGGAGGUCAGUACAAACUUCCCCUGGGUGUCGCUACGACUCCUGUUCGCGCUGCUAGGGCUGGAUAUGCUAUGCUGGGGGAAUGGAUGGAGAAGGAACGAAUCCAGUAUUCGAUGAAGCUCAAGCUUUGAAAUUCUUCAGGCGUUCCGGGAAGAUAUUCAAAAACCCUUCUUCUUCGUGGAAGGAGAGGAGAGGCACGAAAUCUUGAAGAAAAGAUUGUGUGGGAAGAGGGACGGGACUUGCGGGUCAAGGUUUUGUGAUCUUUUUUUCUUCUCUUUUUUUUUUUGUUUUUGCUUCGAAGUCGAUACCCCCAACAGUAUGUGUGUGGAAGAAGGAAAAGAAGAAGAAGAAGAGCGUGUGUGCGCUACAGUACAGUACCUUCCUGGCACAUGUGCAUGCGUCAUGGUGGAAGGGUCAGGUUUUGUUGUUGUUGUGUUAUCUAGGACGAUGGUCAUGAUCAUAAUGAGAAUGCUGUGACAAAG